AUGCAGGUUUAUACCGAUGGUAGUCGUACAAAAGACAGUACUGGUAGUGGUAUUCAUAUUAGGACCCAACAUCUAGAAAAAUCAAUAAAGAAACGCAAUCCAGACACUUGCUCUGUCUUCAGGAGCGAGUUAAUAGUGAUUAAGGAGGGGCUUGAUGCUAUCUUACCCUACGACGGUGAUUAUGGAGAGCUCUGGAUUUUAUCCGACAGCCGCAGUGCCCUGCAACAUCUUAGUAGCUGGUCCUCUGCAAGCGAUGAAACUAGUAUAUCUGUCCAGCUUAAGAUUAAAAAGACUUCUCAGCACCAUGACGUACAUCUCCAAUGGAUUCCAUCACAUGUUAAUAUUAAUGGCAAAGAGAUAGAAGAUAGUUGGGCCAAAGAAGGCAAUAUAUCUGGUAAGGAAUGGAUCUGCGACCCGUUUGUCAAUAAGUCGGGCGAAUCUAGCAUGUCUGUGCAAGAAGAAGAUCAACUGCUGGAGAUUGCUAAUGAUGGUGACCUUAAAACUACGUUCGGGACAACAACUCUGCCAGUGUUCUGGAUUAAAGUCAUGGCAGAAUACCCCGAGAUUGCCACCACAGCACUUAAAUCCCUAUUGCCAUUUCCGACAACCUAUCUGUGUGAAGCGGGUUUUUCUGCAGUAACAGCAACCAAAACGAAGCAACGGAAUAAACUGGACAUAAGCAACACACUUCGGAUGUCAUUGUCUCCGAUUGCCCCUCAAAUGGAACAGUCUCAUUGCAAAGAAACAAGCUCAGGGUUCUCCUUGAUUUUACGUUCUA